AUGCCUUCCGCUCCUUCAAAACAGUACACAGAUGACGUCAGCCUCCUCGUCGUCACACUCGACACCAACCCUUUUUUCUGGUCCGAUUUCCCCUCCCAUUUCUCCGACUUCCUCUCUCAAGUUCUCGCUUUUCUCAAUUCUAUUCUCCUCCUCGGCCAACUCAACCAAGUCGUAGUUAUUGCCACCGGUUGCAACUCAUGCUCCUACGUUUACGAUUCAUCUUCUAAUAAGAACCAUGUUUCCACUAACGGCACAAUGCCUGCACUUUAUUCCAAUCUUCUUCACAAUCUCGACGAAUUCAUAGCUAACGAUAAGCAAUUAACGACGGCUCAUGAACCAGGAACCGUUCCUUCUUCACUCUUAUCUGGAUCAUUGUCAAAGGCCCUCUGCUACAUACAGAGAGCUUUUCGAUCGGGACCAAUGCAUCCUCAACCUCGGAUUCUAUGUCUGCAAGGAUCUCCCGAUGGGCCUGAACAAUACGUGGCAAUCAUGAAUGCAAUAUUCUCUGCUCAGCGUUCUUCAGUUCCUGUAGAUUCUUGUUUUAUUGAUUCAAGCAAUUCAGGCAAUUCUGCAUUCCUUCAGCAGGCUUCAUAUAUAACCGGUGGCAUAUAUUAUAAGCCUCCCCAAUUGGAUGGGCUUUUUCAAUAUCUUUCAGCAGUGUUUGCAACUGAUUUGCAUUCUCGUGCAUUUUUAAGGCUUCCUAAAUCUCUGGGUGUGGAUUUUCGUGCCUCGUGUUUCUGCCAUAAGAAAACAAUCGACACGGGCUAUGUAUGUUCUGUAUGCUUAUCCAUAUUCUGUGAGCAUCACGACAAGUGUUCAACGUGUAGCUCUGUUUUUGGUCAGGCUCAAUCUGUUGCCGCCUCAACAGACAAUCGGAAAAGGAAGGCUGAAUAA